CGCAGAUGCGGGCGUUUUGUAUUGGUUAACCCUUCCCUCCCGUUAAAAAAAAAAAGAAGACACAUAACCGCAAUGUCGUCCACGACGCAAGACCGGGUCACCCAAGUAAAUCAGCUCUACGACACCGUCCUUAUUUUGGACUUUGGAUCCCAAUACUCGCACUUGAUCACUCGACGCAUUCGUGAAUUGGGCGUCUACUGUGAAUUGUUACCAUGCACGCAAAAGUUGGCUGAUUUGCACUUUAAGCCCAAGGGUAUCAUUUUGUCUGGCUCUCCUUACUCGGUUUAUGACCAGGAUGCGCCUCGUGUCGACCCUGCCGUGUUUGAUGCCGGUGUGCCUAUCCUCGGUAUUUGCUAUGGCUUGCAAGAAAUGACUACCCAGAUGGGCGGCUCGGUCGUGCCUUGCGAUCAUCGUGAGUAUGGCCAUGCUAUGCUCACUGUCGCCAAACAUCCCGAUCAUCCCUUCAUUGAUAAGCUCUUUGAUGGUUUAUCGGGUGAUAUUCAGGUCUGGAUGAGUCACGGUGAUCAAGUGUCUGCCGCUGCUCCCGGCUUCACUGUCAUUGCCAACACCCGCACUGCUCCCUACGCUGCCGUCGCCCAUACCGAAAAGCCAUUCUUUGGUAUCCAAUUCCAUCCCGAAGUUACCCACACCGUCGAUGGCCAAGCCCUGUUAAAGAACUUUGUCAUUGGCAUCUGUCAAUGUGCAACCUCAUGGACCAUGGAAUCGUUUGUGGACAAGGAAGUCGAGCGUAUCCGUAACAUUGUGGGCCCCACUGGCCGCGUCGUCGGUGCCGUUUCCGGCGGUGUUGACUCGACUGUGGCCGCCAAGUUGAUGCACGAAGCCAUUGGCGACCGCUUCCAUGCCAUUCUCGUCGACAACGGUGUCAUGCGCUUGAACGAAUGCCAGAACGUCAAGAAAAUGCUGGGUGAAAAGAUGGGUAUCAACAUCAAGGUCAGCGACGCAUCUGACUUGUUCUUGGGUCGCUUGAAGGGUGUGACCGAUCCGGAACGCAAGCGCAAGAUCAUCGGCAACACGUUCAUUGAAGUCUUUGAGGCCGAGGCUGCAUUGAUUGACAAGGAAUGUGGUGGUGAGAUCGAGUAUUUGUUGCAGGGCACGCUUUACCCGGAUGUCAUUGAAUCCAUCUCGUUCAAGGGCCCCUCGGCUACCAUCAAGACGCACCACAAUGUCGGCGGUCUGUUGGAGGACAUGAAGCUCAAGUUGAUUGAACCGCUUCGUGAAUUGUUCAAGGAUGAAGUUCGUGCGCUGGGCGGUAUCCUCGGUUUGGAUGACGAGCUUGUCUGGCGCCAUCCUUUCCCUGGACCUGGUAUUGCUAUCCGUAUCUUGGGCGAAGUCACAAGGGAACAGGUUGAAAUCGCUCGUUUGGCCGAUAACAUUUACAUUGAGGAAAUCAAAAAGAACGGCUUCUACCGCCAGAUCUCGCAGGCUUAUGCCGCCUUGUUGCCUGUCAAGGCUGUCGGUGUCAUGGGCGACAAGCGUACCUAUGAACAAGUCAUUGCUCUCCGUGCUGUCGAGACCAAGGAUUUCAUGACUGCCGAUAUCUGCUCUGGUGCCGAAUGGUUCGUCUGCUUGAAGCGCAUCAGCUCAAGAAUCAUCAACGAAGUCAAGGGCGUCAACCGUGUCGUCUAUGAUAUCAGCUCCAAGCCCCCAGCCACCAUCGAAUGGGAGUAAAGUGUAACUCAUUUAAAAAGCAACAACCACGUUUAGUUAUAUAGCAUUUUGUAUACUUCAUCCUUUUCUUUCAUGAUUUCCUCUUUUGUUUCUUUAGCAUUUUUAAAAAUAUAUAAUACAAUGUAUGUGUUCCAAUGAAUCUAUUAUAUUUUAUAU